CUGACAUUCGUGCGCGGUGAUACGGGCGAUGGUUUUGCAGCCAUCCUGUUUCUCUUUGCCGUUGUCUGGUCGACCGAUAUUUUUGCUUAUUUCAAUGGCCGCGCAUUGGGAGGCCCAAAACUUGCCCCACGCUUUUCGCCCAACAAGACCUGGGCAGGCGCCAUCGGCGGCGCGGCAGCCGGUAUUGCAGCCGGUGUAGCCUGCGCAGCCUUCAUAACACCGGCUGGAGGGGUUCCCAUACCGCUCAUCGCCUUCGUGUUGUCCGUGACGGCCCAGAUCGGCGAUCUUGGCGAAUCAUGGGUCAAACGCAAGUUUGGCGUGAAGGACUCCGGACAGAUGAUUCCCGGUCACGGUGGCGUGAUGGACCGGGUGGAUGGACUUGUAGCCGCCGCGGCAUUGCUGUACCUGAUCGGGGCAAUUCUGGUGAAACCGGAAACGCCUUACGAUAUUCUUUUCUAG